AUGGACACCGCGGCGGGGAGCUGCGGUCCUGGAACCGCCACGGCCGUUCCAGCUGCGCCCGCCAUCUCCAUGUGCCCCAACUUCCGAAACGGAAUCUGUUUGCCUAGUUCCUGCCGGAGCAGAACAUGGCAGCUGGUCACACGCCAAGAAGAUCGUCAGCCGUCCGGCAGUGCCCCAGGUGGCUGUGACCCUGCUCCUUGCCAGCUGACCUGCCUUCCAGAAACGUCUUGUGUGGGUUUUGUUUGCCAACCCAUUUGCUCCUGCACAGCCUGCGAUGAACCCGGCACUGGGCAGCCUCCUCGUCUGGUUAGCUCGUGCCAGCCCGCCUGCGCAGAAUCCACCGGCGGUCCGGAGAGGUGCUGUGAAGCCAGCUCCGGUCGGCCAGGCUCCUGCCAGCAGCCCGUUUUCGUGUCCGCAUCGCAGCAGGCAGGUUGCGGCCACUCAGUCUGCUGUGACCCGAGGGCCUGCCAGCCGCCCUCUUCUGAGAGUACUUCCUGUCCUGGAACAUCUUGCCCACCAACCGUCUGCACCGCUAGUCCAUGCCAGCCAGCUGGCUGCCAAGCAGGUUCAUGUCACACCACUAGUGGCGAAGGUCAGCCCUGCAAAUCCAUUUAUUACCAGCCCAUCUGCUACAUUUUCAAGACUAGCCAAUCAGUUCCCUGCAUGCCUGUUCCCUGCCAGCCAUCGACUUAUGUGUUCGGUUCUUGCACUCCUUCUUGCUGUGUGACCUCCCCUUGCCAGCCCCUGUGCUGCCAGCCAGCUUCCUCCAUAUCCUUCGUCUGCCUGCCGGGGGCUAACUGCCAGGCCCCCUGUUCUGCAAAGAGCUCGUGCAAACCAGCCUCCUGUGGCGCCGUGUCUUCCGGCCAACCAGCUUGUGGCAGACCCACUUUCUGCAGCCAGACUGGCUACAAAUCCGCUUCCGGCCAACCAGCCUGCUGUGUGACAGGUUCAGGCAAAUUGUUUGAUGGGGGCUCCUCUUGCUUCCAACCGACUCCUCCGUAUCUCCGCAAAGCCAGCACCUGCUUGCCCACUUCCUGCCAAGUUGGCCAUGAGUCCAGCUCCGAUGUCCUGCAGGUCACGUCUGGCCACAAUGGCCUCGGGCCCUCUGACUCGGUGGGUCUGCGUUUGGUCUGCAAGGGCAGCUGGCGCCUAGAAUUGGAGGUGCUGAGCCUGGACGGGAGUAAGGACAACGGUUCCCUGGCCUCCAGUCUUUAUACCACAAGAGCUCCUUAG